CCGUAAGUUCUUAUUUGACUAUUGUUUCGCUGGUGGCCUUAGUUCGCCUCAGGCUGCUAUUUAUCUUGCAACUUUCCACAGUCAACUGACGAGACGCCGCCACCCACAGGAUCAACGUUCCCACUGUUGUCGGUUUUGCUCUAAUCACUAUUCAACUCGGCCACGUCAAGGUCCCCCCAAAUUUCAAACCCCACCACUUUUAGGGCUUAACAAGCUCUCACAACCAUUCAGUAUGGCUAACGACGAGUAUGAUUUUCUCUUCAAGGUGGUACUUAUUGGAGACUCUGGUGUUGGAAAGUCCAACCUUUUGAGUCGUUUCACCCGCAAUGAGUUCAACCUGGACUCCAAGUCGACCAUUGGCGUGGAGUUCGCAACCCGUUCUAUUCAGGUCGAUUCUAAGACGAUCAAGGCGCAGAUCUGGGAUACUGCUGGUCAGGAGCGUUACCGCGCCAUUACCUCUGCCUACUAUCGUGGUGCCGUCGGUGCCCUUCUCGUUUACGACAUCAGCAAGCAUCAAACCUACGAUAAUGUUAACCGGUGGUUGAAAGAACUCAGAGAUCACGCAGAUUCCAACAUUGUCAUCAUGCUUGUGGGAAAUAAGAGUGAUUUGAGACACCUGCGCGCUGUGCCAACCGAGGAAGCUAAGCAGUUUGCCAGCGAGAACAACCUCUCCUUCAUAGAGACAUCUGCCCUUGAUGCGAGCAACGUUGAGCUUGCUUUCCAGAACAUCCUCACAGAAAUCUACCGGAUUGUGUCCAGCAAGGCUCUUGACAGUGGCGACUCGAGCCAGGCCGGUCUUGGUGACCGUCGUCCGGUGGUGGAUAUCAACCCUUCGCAGGAUCCUGAGACGAAGCAGGGUUGCUGUUAGAUGAUUUCUUACUGUUAGGGGAUGACACGCCUACCGCCACGAUUUUUUUUUAUUCUGUGAUGUGAUAAUCGAAUGGUCUUGAUCUUUCUUUUUGUCUGUUACUUAGCCUCCGCGGAGAUGAUACACAAGAGGAACGUUGGGAACGGCAUCCAGGGACACGGUCAUUGUAUGGUGAUGCUUGUGGGACAUCACAUCCUAGACAUCAUUUUGUUGAUUUUCUUCCCCUUCCCUUUCUUUUCCUUUAUCUGGUUCGUUCUUAUCCCUUUAUGGAAUUGACAAUUUUCCUAUUCUCUGUCUUCUACGGACCUGUGUUCGCCUUGGCACACUUCUUUGGCCUUCUCUGUCUUUUUCCUACCUCAUCCCAUGUACCCUUCUCACACUCUGGUCAAUUAUCGAAACGAAGUUUGGGUUUGUUUUUGUCGGUGCCUACGUAGGAGAGUGCCAAAGCAGUUCGUGUAUGAGGCUAUCAUGGGUUGGCAAUUACGAAUUACAGCAUGAGCAAUCACUAAGUCCAGUGGCAAUGGUCCCGUUUCACCACCAGCCUAUUUACUAGCAAUUAUUAAUGCGGCGCAUGCAUAUGUCGCAGAUACUAAUAUCAA